AUGUCGACUGGAGUCGACAAUCAACAGCCUAGCAAAUUAGAUCUGAACGUGGUCGCUCGUCAGCGUUCCGUUUCCCGCAGUAUCGCUUCUGCAUCUCCAAACUCCGUUGAGUCCGGUCGAAUCCCGGGUACACAAAUCGAGAAAAUGGUUUCACAAAGUCAAAGAUCGCGGUGGUUGAAGACUGGAGCCAUUGUUGGCUUCAUCUUCAUGGUCCUUUUGUGGCUGUCACCCUCCAAGCCGGCUGUCUCUUCCUCUGCUUUCUCCCAAGAAAAAGCACCCUCCGCUACGGGUCUUACUACCAAGUGUUCCAAGUCUUUCGAUUCUUCCAAGCCUCUCAUUCAGUAUGCCCUCAUGAUUGAUGCCGGUAGCACUGGCUCUCGUAUCCACGUCUAUCGUUUCAACAACUGCGGUUCUACUCCCGAACUGGAGAACGAGGUCUUCGAGCAGACCAAGAAGAAGGAGGGUGGCUCCGGCCUCAGCUCCUACAUGGAGGAUGCCCAAGGUGCAGCACAAAGUCUGGAUCCUCUCAUGGAAGUCGCUUUGCAGAACGUACCUGAGGAGUACCGCCGCUGUACCCCAGUUGCCGUCAAGGCUACCGCUGGUCUGCGUCUUUUGGGUCCUGAGUUGAGUACGAACAUCCUGGAGGCUGUGCGCUACCGUCUGGAGAACUCCUACCCCUUCCCUGUGGUGUCCCGUGAGAAGGGUGGUGUCGAGAUCAUGGACGGCUCUGAUGAGGGUGUCUACGCCUGGAUCACUACCAAUUACCUUCUGGGCAAGAUUGGUGGCCCCGACGAGACCCCUACUGCUGCGAUCUUUGAUCUUGGUGGUGGUUCCACCCAGAUUGUCUUCCAGCCCACAUUUGAGCUCAGCAAGGCCGGUGGCAUGCCCGAGCAUUUGGCUGAGGGUGACCACAAGUACGAGCUCAAGUUCGGUGGCCGUGAAUUCGAGUUGUACCAGCACUCUCAUCUUGGCUACGGUCUGAUGUCUGCUCGCGAGGCUAUGCACAAGGUGGUCCUCGAGGCUCUGCUGGCUAACAACGACAAGGAUCUGUCCUGGUUGCAGCGCCCCAUCACCAAUCCUUGCAUCCAGCCCAAUCAGCAGAAGGAAGUCACUGUGAAAUUCCCCGAUGACCAUGUGCUCGGACCCAAGACCACGGUUAUCAUGGUGGGACCUCAGGACGGAUCAGCCCCAGCGCAGUGCCGUGCUAUCGCUGAGAAGAUCUUGAAGAAGGAAGCCGAAUGCAAGCUGGCUCCUUGCUCUUUCAACGGUGUCCACCAGCCUUCUCUCGCAAAGACCUUCGCUCGUGAAGAUGUGUUCAUCUUCUCCUACUUCUUCGACCGUACCGCCCCUCUGGGCAUGCCUUCUUCUUUCACUCUGGAUGAGCUGCACCAACUCACCUCCAGUGUCUGUGCCGGUGAGAGCGGCUGGAGUGCCUUCGAGGGCGUGGAGAAUGCUCUGAAGGAGCUUCACGGUCGUCCGGAGUGGUGUCUGGACCUCAACUUUAUGCUGAGUCUGCUCCAUACCGGCUACGAGAUGCCCAUGUCGCGCGAGGUCAAGAUCGCCAAGAAGAUCAAGGACAAUGAACUCGGCUGGUGUCUUGGCGCAAGCUUGCCUCUUCUCAGCCAGGAAUCUGGUUGGACUUGCCGCAUCAAGGAGAUUUCAUAG